CGAACUUCUUUUUGCGGGGGCCUGAGAAGAUAAUUAAUGACGAUAGUCCAGCGGUAGUUAGAGGGAGUCUUUUUUGUAAAAAUCACGUGUGAGUAGCUCGUAGUACGACAAGAGCGAAAACAGUUAAAAAAUGCGCGCAGUGAGGAAGCGAGCCCGCUGGCCCGCUACCUGGGCUGCCUCCGGAUCGAGUGAAAGUUUUCCUACGUUGUUCCUCCAGAGGAGGCAUCACAGUUUGAGUUUCCCGUUUUACUCGAUGUGGCAUCCGAGUCAUUGCAGACGAUCGCCGAUUCUGGUAGACCACUCAUCUUCAUCCAGUACUAGUUCAACUGCAAGUACAAGUUCUAGUUCAUCCACGCCUCCUCUAAACAAAAUAAUCAGACGUAGUUUCUCAUCCGAUACUUCUACAACACCGACUACUUCCGCCGGAAGUAGUACAACUACGUCCACGACAGAGACAGACGACGAGGCUGAGGCACCCGUGGACCCCGAGUUACUAGACAAGAUCAACACGCUCAUCAAGAGUCAACAGGUCGUGCUCUUCAUGAAAUUAUGGUUAGCUCUCUACCUCAUCUCUAAUUCUAUUUACGGGUCCCUCAACCGACUUUAUUAUACACGGAAUAGUCUUGAGGGAUCCCCUCAGGGAUGAACUACGGCAGCGCUAACGAAAGGUGGACCGGACGAGCCUCUAUGUGGCUUUUCGGCUCAAGUAAUCAAAAUUCUUGACGAAGAGGCCUUCGACAGUUAUACCUUUGUCGAUGUCCUAAAGUCUGAAGUUAUGACGUUGAGAGAACUUAAUAUUAGAAUUUACUUUGCAUUUUGCAUAUCUAUGCUAGGUUUCGUAGAAAAGGAAAACCAAAGCUGCCAAUAUUAGGUAUAGUUUGCAUACACUUAUGGAAACAAAUGGGCAUAUUCGAAUUCAUUAUCUUGUUCACUCAACAUCUACUCACUGAACUGUACGUCGUGCUGCUACCGUAUCUAGUACUGCAAUUUGCUCUAAUCUUCGCGUUCGAAGUGCGGUGAAGGCAGUUAGCGACUGGCCAACGAUUCCACAGUUGUAUGUGAAUGGAGAAUUUAUUGGUGGCGCACAAAUAAUCUUAGAGAUGCACGCUGCAGGGGAACUCAAGACGCUAUUAGCACCAUACCAGUCCGAAGAUGAUUAGCAGUCCUAUAUAGGAGAGUCUUACUUUUGCAGGUUGCCCGUUUAGGCCUGGUGAUAUAAGUACUCAUGUACCAGCGCUUUUAAAAGUGCUGUCUACAUUUUUUUUUGUCGGAGUCAUUGGCUACAUGUGAAUAUAGACUCGCAGAAUCCACUGCUCUCGCUCUCCAAUCCGCAUUUACGCACACC